AGCGUCUCUCUUAAUCUGGAUGAACUUCAGAAAGGCAGCUAAAAGGAAGCGUUUUAGCAUGUGAGGAUUAUUCUUGUCGACAUUUCUGCUUUUGUUUCAGCUUCGCCUGCUGCAUCCAUUCUUUGGAUUACUCCGGACAGCUGUGGGAUUUCCCUGUCACUUCUGGAUCUUUUUCCUCUGCUCUUGCUGGUGGUUUUCAAAAGGCGCUUCUGAGGGAAACGAGACCGGCACGCCUUGCGUUUUCGCAUAUCCAUCUGCCAUCCUCAUUCCCGUAACCACACGUCCUUCAUGUUUUCACACUCCUGGAUUAGAGCUUCGGUAAGCUGACCAGUCACCUUCCUGCAACCUCACACCACACCUCGUCCCAGGCCUCUGAGGGCCAUCCCAGGUGGCCUGGUCACAGUGCGUUGCGGUGGGCCAGGGUCACCCCCUGCUCCCUAUGACUGUGCCAGGGAGUCGGAGAGCCGCUGGGCCUGGGAGAGAGACGAAAGCGGAGGCCAGCGGAUGGAGAGCAGCGGCUGCAGUCCCUUCCCUCUGUGCUGGGCACGAGGAGCCUGCGUCUACUCCUACCCUCCCCCUCUGCCAAAAUAUGACAGACAGUUAGCACCCACCAAAGCCAUGGCAGCGGCUUACCUGGACCCCAACCUGACCCAUGCCCUGAACCAGGGGGUCAAGCCUCGCUUCAGCGCAGGGAUGGAGCGGACAGCUGGGACUCUGGAGCGCGUACUCAGAGUCUUCCACUACUUCGAAAGCAAUAGUGAACCCUGCACCUGGGCCAGCAACAUCCGACACGGCGACUCAACUGAUGUCAGGGGCAUUAUACAGAAGAUCGUGGACAUCCAUAAGGUGAGGUGUGUGUUGUGCUUUGGUCUGCGCCUGAGCCACCUGAGAACAGGUGAAGUUCAUUGGCUCCACCCCGACAUGGGCGUGUCUCACGCGAGGGAGAGGUACGAGCACAGCCAUCCCCAGGACGACUGGAGAUAUGAGCUACGGAUUCGAUACUUGCCUAAAGGAUUUUUAAACCAGUUUACUGAGGACCAGCCAACACUCAGCUACUUUUAUCAUCAGGUGAAAAGCGAUUAUAUGAUGGAGAUUGCCGAUCAAAUUGAUCAAGACAUAGCACUUAAUCUAGGCUGCCUUGAAAUCAGGCGGUUUUUCAGGGACAUGCGUGGAAACGCCCUGGAUAAAAAAUCAAAUUAUGAAUUAUUAGAGAAGGACGUUGGUCUGCGGAGAUUCUUUCCAAAGAGUUUAUUAGACUCAGUGAAGGCUAAAUCCCUGCGGAAACUGAUCCAGCAGACUUUUAAACAGUUCGCCAAUCUGAACGACGAGCAGUGUAUCCUCAAGUUCUUCGAGAUCCUUUCACCUAUAUACAGAUUUGAUAAGGAGUGUUUUAAAUGUGCUCUCGGGUCAAGCUGGGUGAUAUCAGUGGAGUUGGCCAUCGGACCCGAGGAGGGCAUCAGUUAUUUGACGGACAAAGGAUCAAAUCCAACACACCUCGCUAACUUCACACAAGUACAGAGUAUUCAGUUCGAGGAGCGAGAUCGGAAGGGAACGCUGCAGUUAGAUGUAGCUGGAGCACCUGAGCCUCUGACGGUAAAGACUACAACACUGAACACCGCAGAGAACAUGGCUGAUCUCAUUGAUGGUUACUGUAGACUUGUUAAUAGAACUUCUUCAUCGUUUAUUGUCCGUGUACAGAAAGAAGGAGAGAGAGCUCUUCCAUCUAUCCCAAAGGCUCCAAAAUCAGCAAACCAUGAGAAACGGUUGCAAGGAGUCCGGGCCAAAGCCAUCUCCGUUUCAGAUGAUAUUGGUGGGGAUGAAACAGACGACUACGCUGAGAUCAUUGACGAAGAGGACACAUACACCAUGCCUUCCAAAUAUUAUGGACUAGAUGAAGCCAGGGACUAUGAGAUCCAAAGAGACAGAAUUGAGCUGGGACGCUGUAUAGGUGAGGGCCAGUUUGGAGACGUCCAUCAAGGGAUUUACAUAUGUCCGGAGAACCCAGCUCUUUCUGUGGCGAUAAAGACGUGUAAGAAUUGCACCUCGGACAGUGUUCGAGAGAAGUUUCUCCAGGAGGCCUUGACCAUGCGACAGUUCGAUCAUCCGCAUAUUGUAAAGCUGAUUGGCGUCAUUACAGAAAACCCAGUGUGGAUCAUCAUGGAGCUUUGCACGCUGGGAGAGUUGCGUUCCUUUCUUCAGAUUAGGAAGUACAGUCUGGAUUUAGCAUCACUCAUCCUGUUUUCUUACCAGCUCAGCACAGCUCUUGCAUACCUGGAGAGUAAACGCUUUGUACACAGGGACAUUGCGGCACGGAAUGUUCUGGUGUCCUCAGUGGACUGUGUGAAGCUGGGAGACUUUGGUUUGUCGAGAUACAUGGAGGACAGCUCUUAUUAUAAAGCCUCUAAAGGAAAACUACCUAUUAAAUGGAUGGCGCCAGAGUCGAUAAACUUCAGACGUUUUACCUCAGCCAGCGACGUGUGGAUGUUUGGGGUGUGUAUGUGGGAGAUACUAAUGUAUGGAGUGAAGCCGUUUCAAGGCGUGAAGAAUAACGAUGUGAUAGGCCGGAUUGAGAACGGUGAGCGUCUGGCGAUGCCACCCAACUGCCCACCAACCCUCUACAGCCUGAUGACCAAGUGCUGGGCAUACGACCCCAGCAAACGACCACGAUUCACCGAGCUCAAAGGCCAACUAAGUACAAUCCUUGCGGAGGAGAAGGCUCAGCAGGAGGAGCGCAGCCGUAUGGAGAUGAGGAGACAGGUCCCCGUAUCCUGGGACUCAGGAGGCUCAGACGAAGCACCACCCAAACCCUCCCGCAGACGCCCCAUCCAGCACAGCUUCAGUAUGGACUGUCUGUCUGCGCCCGCAUCUGCUGCUUCUCGCCCUCCACAGCAACCCUUUGGUUCCCAGAUCUCCCUUUGCAUCCGCCAGUCCAAGCCGCCUGCCUCUCCUCUGGGGCCAUGCGAUAAAACCAUCACUAACCGAUCACCACACAUGCAGCAAAUGCUACACCAAAACACUCAUGCUAAUACACAACAGCUUAGCGUACAUUCCCAGCAUACGUUUCCGCAAACUCAGACCUCGCUUCUGCUUCAGCCGUUACCGCUGCACUGCUCCCUGCUGUUCCCUCAGGGGCCCAGAAGGACUCCCUCUGUCCCCCCCAGUGCCACCCAGCCUGCUUUCUUCGACCCCUACUAUCCCUCCAUGCAACAGCUGAGCCUGACCCACGUGCCCUACAGAUUCUCACAGCCCAGUCGACCUGGUUAUCCAAGUCCCCGUUCCAGUGAAGGGUUCUACCCUAGUCCUCAGCACAUGGGCCAGCACAAUCAUUACCAGAUGGCAGGGCACCCUGGCCCACACGGCUUGCUUCCCGUGCCAGGUGGGAUGUACCCUCCCCAGGCCGCAGGGACUGGGCUUGAUCCCCACGACAGCUGGAAUCAUCGCAGGGCUGCUCAGGAUCACAUGUGGAAUCCCAGCAUGGAGGAUGGUGUGGCUGUGCGCGGUGGUCUGUCUCAGCUGAUGGAGGAGCAGUUAUUACUGCAGCAGCAGCAGAUGGAGGAUGAUCAGCGCUGGUUGGAGCAGGAGGAGAGACUACUGAAGCCUGAUGGGAGAAGUUCCAGAGGCAGCAUUGACCGUGAUGAUGGAAGCCUUCAGGGACCAACUGGAAAUCAACACAUCUACCAACCUAUAGGGAAAGCAGAACACGCAGCUCCUCCUAAAAAGCCUCCUCGGCCCGGAGCUCCCAGCCACCCUGCAGGAGUCUCCGGCCUCAACCCUACAGACAGCUACAAUGAAGGCGUGAAGCCCUGGAGGAUUCAGCCUCAAGAGAUCAACCCGCCCCCAACAGCUAACUUAGAUCGCUCCAACGACAAGGUCUAUGAAAAUGUGACCGGGCUGGUAAAGGCUGUGAUUGAGAUGUCAAGUAAAAUCCAGCCAGCUCCCCCUGAAGAAUACGUGCCCAUGGUGAAGGAAGUGGGAUUAGCACUGAGAACACUGCUGGCCACUGUGGAUGAGACGAUACCUUUACUACCGGCUCACACACACAGAGAGAUCGAAAUGGCUCAAAAGCUUCUAAAUUCAGACCUGGCUGAGCUGAUCAAUAAGAUGAAGUUGGCCCAGCAGUACAUCAUGACCAGCCUGCAGCAGGACUAUAAGAAACAGAUGCUAACAGCUGCACACGCACUCGCAGUAGAUGCCAAGAACCUGCUGGAUGUGAUUGACCAGGCCAGGCUGAAGAUGUUGGGCCAGGCACGACCGCAUUAGCCCCUGCUAGAGGACACGACGACGCACGUGACGCCCUGGAAAAACACACCAGCACAGACUUGUACACUAAUGGAGUCUCAUGGGCCCCUUCACUACUCACUAACCCUCACAUUUAAGCUGCACGGUAGACCAUGGGUGCCAUGAGGAGGGCUCUGGAUUUAUUUAACGGAUGAGCUGGACCAGACUCAUCACGACUGGAUCUCUUGGAGAACAUAGUGAGCCAAUGACUGGACGCUGAGAGGGCGAUUCUGACCUCCGCUAUGAGCUUUAAACGUCUCUGGAGGAAAAGAGACACUCUUACACUGUAUCUAAUGUCUGUGUUUCAUUGACAAGCCCAAGCUCCACACAAACCUAGAUCCCCCUCGGCUUGGGUUCUGGCUCUAGAAUCAUAGAAGUUGAGACUCUUUUGCACAGUAGAACUUGAGUUGAGACUGGAUUCAAAAACUCUGGGUUUGCUUUGCGGACUCCCACGCUUCUCCCUAGGACUAAGAGGGACAGCAUUGUAUAUUUGGGCUUUGUGCCACCUAGAGGUAAAAUAAAGCUAUGACUGAAUUAAAAAAUGAGU